CGUGCAAUGACGAAACUCCGACUUGGUGAGCAUGACUAAGCCAAAUUGGACAUCGCAUGUCCAAUCACCGCUCUCCGUCACGCGACUCUCGAAAGUUGCAUCUGCAAGUCGUCGCCGGCAACAGCAGCUUUCACCAUGGCAGGAGACAAGAUCCCGACGAUUCAGUCCCUCGAGCGACCCGAGAAGCUUGAGGAUAUCCUGCGCAAGGACCGGGGCGACGACUGUCUGCCCUGCAAGGUCGUUGGCAGCGGUGCAUUCUUCGGCCUCGCAGCAUACAGCUACUUCUCGGGAAUGUCGCAGCUCGAGAAGCAACGAGCGCUGAUCCUAAAGAGCAACUCCCUGUUCGGCAUGCGCAGCCGCAAGCUCGGCAUCACGACCAUCUCCGUGGGACUUGUCUGGAUGGGUCUCUGGAGAGCUUUCAAGUAAUACGCAAACAUUUCCUUAAUACGAUACGAACCCCACUCCGUCCACCGAAAUAAACUCGACAUCGUUGGCUGUGAAGCUGGCGGCUCUCUUGAAACAACGUUCGACGAAAUAUAUUCGACUUGGCUGUGACGACCCUGCCAAAGCGGGCCUCGCCCAUGUACCAAAAUAACAUAUCAAGCCGUGUAUGAGGCGUUUGGGGGUUGCAUGGAAUUCAGCCAAAAGUUAUAAUAUUAUGUACUAUUUGCACAUGACAAUAGACGAUGCCAACCGUUAGCCGCACGCCACACUGCUUGUGCUCUGCCAGGCUAGGAGCCGAGAGAGACCUAGAAUGAUUCUACCAUAGACGCACUUGACAAGAUAUAGAUGUCGAACUAGAUCUGUGAGACCGGGCGAUCUCGAUGUUUUAAUAGCGUGUACUUCGUAGUUGCAUGUGAAAUUCAG